AUGAGCGAUACAGCAUAUGAUCAAGUUGGGGCAAAGGACAUGGCACAUCUACGAAGGAGAAGGUCGAAAAGUGCUGAUGCUGCAGCGGAAGGCGACGGAGCUGCUAUCGCGAUGCCUACUAAGGAAAGGGAGGAAGGGAGCCUUCACACUGGACAAAUGAGCAAGUCUGAGACUCCCGCAACGGGUGUUAGCGAAGUCCCUACCGUUAACCCAUCGAGCAGCAUAAGUCAGAGGGAACCACCCAGUAUGGUUUCCAGUACAGCCUCGUCGAUGGCUCAAUGCAGACCUCCGUCGUCAUUGGUCGGCAGUGAGGUGCGGGAUGAUCCCAAUGACCAUCGGACGACUCUGAUGAUCCGCAACAUCCCCACUAAGUUUACACAGUCGACUUUGCUUGAGGUCAUCAACACUCAUGGUUUCUCUUGUACCUACGACUUCUUCUACCUCCCUAUAGACUUCCGGUCGGAGAAGAAUCUUGGCUAUGCCUUUGUCAACUUCAACACACCGCAGCUCGCUCAAGCAUUCAAGCGCGACUUUCACCACAAAAAGUUGAAAUCACUGACCAGUCGGAAGGUUCUGGAAAUCACUUAUGCACGACUACAGGGCUUGCAAGCAAACGUCGAUCUUUUCCGCAGCUCAGCCGUUACGUCGAUGGCUGUACCGCAAUACAAGCCGUUGGUAUUCACUAAGGCAGGAGUGCCGGUACCGAUAUCUUCCCUCGUUGGGGGAGGCAACAGGCAGCAGGGUAACACCCCUGGGGCUGGGGGCAGUUUUGGGACGGCCUCGUCAUUCGAGAGCGAAACGGCUCCGAGUGUGACGUCAAGCGUGGCAUAUGCCAGGGCUGUCCAGCCUGGGAUGAUGUCGGGCAUUCCGAUGUCUGCUACUAUGCAUGAGGGAUUCAUCUACAACCCUUCGUAA